GGAAUCUUUGCUGGUAUAAAGAUGAUUAUCUUAAGAAGAAAAAGCAUCGCCAAAAUACUAGCUAAAUUUGACUGGCCAAUCUGCCUAUGCAGAGCCACGACGACUUCUUGCACAUGAAGUUUACCACUUUUUCUACUUUUUUCCAAUCUCUAACUUGCCAACAAAGAUUUCCACACCAUGCACACUCACUGCUAUAUCUUCUCUCUCUAAGCCAAUUAAGCUUUCCCAUUCUCUCUCUAAACAUAACAAUGUGAGCGUCUCCUGCUCGAAAUUUUCUGAAGCAAAUAUAUUAAUUAGUGGAGAUCUGCAGCUGUAAUGGCGAGUGGUCGUAAGCUUAUAGUUGAGGUGGUGGACGCGCGAAACCUUCUGCCGAAAGACGGGCACGGCACGUCGAGCCCUUACGCGGUCCUCGACUUCCACGGGCAGCGGAGGAAGACGAGGACCGUGAUCCGAGAUCUCAAUCCGACGUGGAAUGAGAGCCUCGAGUUCAACGUCGGCAAGACCCCGGAGGUGUUCGGCGACAUGCUGGAGCUCGACGUUUUUCACGACAAAAACGUCGGCCCCACAACCAGGAGCAAUUUCCUGGGCAGAGUGAGGCUCAGCGCCACCCAGUUUGUCAAGAGAGGUGAGGAGGCCUUGAUUUAUUACCCCCUCGAGAAGAAGAGCCUCUUGAGUUGGAUCCAGGGCGAGAUCGGAUUGAAGAUCUAUUUCUCCGACGAGGUCGUGCCGCCGCCUGCUCCGCCUCCGCCACCACCUCCUGAGCCGGCGGCAGCUUCCCCUGCUGAUCCUCCACCUCCUGACGCUGAAGCCGAAAAGAAGGAAACAUCGGCUGCAGCGCCAGCGGAAGAAAAACCAGUUGCUGAAGCUGCACCGCCACCCCCUGCGGCGGAGGAUCCGGCAGCUGACACUGAUAAGAAAGUUGAGGAGCCGCCGCCGCCGUUUGAUCCGGAAGCAGAUCGAGUGAAGGCAUCAAUCUCAUCAGCAGCCAUGCCGGAAGUGAAGAUCAACAAUAUCAACGGCCCACAGCCGAUCAGCCGCGUAUCGUCGGUGAGCAGCUUCAUAUCUGAUCAAUCUGAUAGAUCUACCAUCGAACAGUCCUCCUUCGAUCUAGUCGACAAAAUGCAUUACCUCUUCGUUAGAGUGGUGAGGGCGCGGUCGCUCCCCACGGCGGGGGGCCCCGUCGUGAAGAUCGCCGUCUCCGGAUUCAACGUCGUCUCGAAACCAGCUCGGAAAACCGCAUUCUUCGACUGGGACCAAACAUUCGCUUUCAGCCGGGAGUCGCAGGACUCUUCCUCUAUACUCGAAGUAUCCGUGUGGGACCCAUUCGGCGCUGACGUGGGACAUGAUUUCCUAGGUGGCAUUUGCUUCGACGUGGGGGAGAUCCCCUUGCGUGACCCGCCGGACAGCCCGCUGGCCCCGCAGUGGUACCGCCUCGAAGGCGGUGGAGCCCACAGAGGGGACCUCAUGCUCGCCACGUGGCUGGGCACCCAAGCCGACGACUCCUUCCCUGACGCUUGGAAGACCGACACCAACUCAAAUUCCAGAUCCAAGGUGUACCAAUCGCCUAAACUGUGGUACCUCCGCUCCACAGUCAUCGAAGCACAAGACAUCUCAAUGUUAAAAGAGUCGAGCUUCCAAUUAAAGGCACAAUUGGGAUUCCAAGUUCAGAAAACAAAACAGGUGGCUACGAGCAAUGGCGCGCCCUCGUGGAAUGAGGAUCUCAUGUUCGUGGCCGCCGAGCCCUUCACCGCCGAGAACAACCUCCUGUUCCUCCUCAUCGACCACAGGCCUUCCAAGGAGCAACCCAUUGUUGGCGUCGCUAGAGUACCUCUAACAGCCGUCGAACGGCGAGUGGACGACCGAAAUGUGGCGUCCAGAUGGUUCACAUUGGAGGAUCCGAAUGAGGAGAAGCGAGUAUACAGAGGCAGGGUACAUCUGCGCCUGUGUUUCGACGGCGGGUAUCAUGUUAUGGACGAAGGAGCUCAUGUUUGCAGUGACUACCGCCCCACAGCUAGGCAGCUUUGGAAACCACCAAUCGGAACUAUCGAGUUAGGCAUAAUCGGAUGCAACAAUUUGGUGCCCAUGAAAACUAUCGACGCCAAAGGCUCCACCGACGCUUACGCCGUCGCAAAAUACGGCAACAAAUGGGUGCGGACGCGCACCAUCUCCAACAGCCUGGAGCCGAGAUGGAACGAGCAGUACACGUGGCGGGUCUACGACCCCUCCACUGUUCUCACCGUCGGAGUAUUCGACAGUAGUUUCGAAUCGGAGAGGCCCGAUUCCCGUAUUGGAAAGGUACGUAUUCGUAUCUCCACGCUGACUACGGCCAAGGUGUACAGAAGUAUAUUCCCUUUGAUGCUGCUGUCCCAAGCCGGUCUGAAGAAGAUGGGGGAGAUGGAACUUGCCGUCCGAUUUGUGCGAUCGACGCCGACGCUCGACUUCCUGCACGUGUACUCGCAGCCCCUGCUGCCGGCGAUGCACCACCUCAAGCCUCUCGGCAUGCUACAGCAGGAGGCGCUGAGGUCGGCCGCUGUGAAGAUCGUGGCGGCGCACCUCUCGCGGUCGGAGCCGCCGCUCCGGCCGGAAGUGGUGAGCCACGUGCUGGAGCAGGAGGGCGCCAGCACGUUCAGCAUGCGGAGGGUGCGCGCAAACUGGUACAGGAUCAUCAAGGUGAUCGCAGGGGCGGUGGAGGUGUUCAGGUGGGUGGAGGACACGCGCUCCUGGAAGAACCCCACGGCCACCGUCCUCGUCCACGCGCUACUGGUCAUGCUCGUCUGGUUUCCCGAUCUAAUAGUCCCUACAUUGGCCUUCUACGUGUUCGCGGUCGGCGCGUGGAACUACAGGUUCCGGGCAAAGGCCGUGCUGCCGCACCUGGACCCGAAGCUGUCGCUGGCGGAAGCCGUGGACCGCGACGAGCUAGACGAGGAGUUCGACGCGAUGCCGUGUUGUAGGGGGAAUGAUGUGGUGCGCGCUAGGUAUGAUAAGCUGCGGAUGCUGGGGGCGCGUGUGCAGACGAUGCUGGGGGAUAUCGCGACGCAGGGGGAGCGCGUGCAGGCGUUGGUGACGUGGAGGGACCCGCGCGCCACGGGGAUCUUCGUAGGCUUUUGUUUUAUUCUGGCGUUGCUAUUGUAUUUGGUGCCGUCGAAGAUGGUGGCGAUGGCGGUGGGCUUCUAUUACUUGAGGCAUCCCAUAUUUAGGGACAGAAUGCCGUCGCCGGCGCUCAACUUCUUCCGCCGACUGCCUUCGCUGUCCGACCGUAUGCUAUAACUAAACGCAUUAAUUUUCCGUUAAUUAUGCAAUCAGUUGCUUAAUUUUGUACUUUAUCGACCGACAUCUGGAUUGAGAUUUGUAGGUAGCAAUGCAAAGUUUGUGCAUUCGUAAUUCGAGUAUGUAUUAACUUUAUGCAAUGUAUUUGCAAUUUUAGAAUAAUAAUAUUUAUAAUGUUGUUUCUUUA